UGUCUGUGUGUGUGUGUGUGAGUGUGUUGUGUGUGUCUGUGUGUGUGUGUGUGAGUGUGUGUUUGUGUGUGUCUGUGUGUGUGUGUGUGAGUGUGAGUGUGUUGUGUGUGUCUGUGUGUGUGUGUGAGUGUGUGUUUGUGUGUGCGUGUGUGUGUGUGUCUGUGUGUGAGUGUUUGCGUGUGUGAGUGUGAGUGUUUGUGUGUGUGAGUGUGUGUGCGUGUGUGUGAGUGUGAGUGUGUGUCUGUGUGUGUUUGUGUGUGCGUGUGUACGUGUGCGUGUGUGCGUGUGAGUGUGUGUGUGUCUGUGUGUGAGUGUGUGUGUGAGUGUGAGUGUGUGUGAGUGUGUGUGUGAGUGUGAGUGUUUGUGUGUGUGAGUGAGUGCGUGUGUGUGUGUGUGAGUGUGAGUGUGUGUGUUUGUGUGUGUGAGUGUGUGUGUGUGUGAGAGAGAGAGAGAGAGAGAGAGAGAGCAUCAUCAUCAUCAUCCGACGGAGGACAAAGACACAGAAAUGGGUCACAGGAGCGGCUGAUUCUCAUGGGGAUCAAAGUUCUGUGUUCUGGAGAUACAGAGAGAAAGUGUCUGUACUGUGAACUCAAUCGAAUGGAGAUCAGCGUUCACACACAACACAUCGGACUGUAAGGAAUAUUCUGUCUUCUCCAUCGAGUCAUGCGCAUCAUCACCUCUGCUCACCCGCGACUCAUGUGGGCCUCCGCCCUGCUCGCGUGCGUCAUGCUACACACCUGCAGCGGCACGUCAGACACCGAUAAUGAGACGUGCUACUCCAGACAGCAUCGAGAUGUCAUGGUCAAUAUGCGUUUGGCGCUGGCCAAUAAAGGGACCAUCAUGAGCCCUCGAAGAAAGCCAUUAGAGAAAGACUGUAUCCUGUCCUGUUGUUCAGAAGACGUGAACCCAGGUGUGAAAUGUAACCUGGUUGUGUAUAAGCCUCCAGAGCAGUCUAGCGGUGAGAACUGCAUCUUGUUCCACUGUCCCAGCGAGCAGGACUGUCCUCUCAUGACGGCCAAAGUUGGAAUCAACACCUACAACAUUUUCAAGGGUUUGACUCAUCCAACAACUAAAGUAAAUGGAAGAACAACAGCCAAACUGACAACAACCACAACAACACCACCACCACCAACAACAACACCUACACCAACAACAACAACAACAACAACAACAACAAAACCAACAACGACACAAAGAACAACCACCACCACAACACCAGCAACAACAACCGUCACCACCACAAACACCCCAGAAACCACUGAAGGAACGUUCACUGAGUCAGCCAUUAUUCUGGUUACCAUGCCGAUGACCCCACCCACUACCAGAACAACAACAACAACAACAACAACUACCACUCAGUCCACCACUACAACCACCACAAAACCUUCUACAACAACAAGAAGCACAAGCACCACCAGCACGAAGGCCCCACGCGCCCCUCAGCAUCCUCCUGUCAAACCCAACAGACCCAAAAAACCCAGCAAGCCUUUGAGGGUACCAGAACCACAUGUGGUUAAACCCGUCAAAGUGACAAAAAUGCCUACGACACAACCGAUCACCACGACUACCACACAGAAACUGACAACUACAACCACCACGACAACGGUACCCACGACGACCACGACGACAGCACCUGCUGCCACUGAACACACAACUGUAGUGGUGCUUGAAAUUGAGAAUGAUUCCAAGGAAAGAUCUCUGGAUCGGGAUUCUCUGGUGCCUCCUGUGCUCGGCUCUGCUCCAGGGAAGCCCAAAGUCUCUCGGAUGAUGUGGAAGAACAGUCUGGUGGCUAUCGUGGUGAUCACUUUGGUCUUCCUCGUUCUCAUUCUGGCUUUGGUGGCUCGUAAAGCGAUGGAGUCCUUCGACAGACGCCACUAUACGAGACUGGAACUCAACGACCUUCAUUAUGAAAUAUAAAAAUCAAGACACGGACCAAGAGACAAUCCAAUCAGUUCUUCUUUGGGGAAACAUGAUUUCCUGCUAACAUACUGGAGGAAAUUUAGGGUGUAUGAAUUACACAGUCAGAUGGAGAUGAUGAAAAAUACAAGGAGGGAAAAAUAAAAAGCAAUACAUUGAACUCAGGAAGCAGCAAAUUCUGGAAUCAAAGGGUGAAAUAUUCAUUGUAAGAUGUUUCUUUGGCCUCAGUAUGGAAACCAGAAGUGUUUCCCAAUAUCAAGAAAUGUCUUUUAGUGUGUGCAGUAUGAAAGAGGACUUCAUUUAAAUUCUGUUGUGUUGUAAGUGCCACUUCACAUCUCAUUCAGCACUGUAAAUAAGUGCAGUUGCCAUCAUCCGUUGACUGUAAUUCAGUGUGCACCGCUGAUAUUGUGUUUUACUCGUCAGUCUUCACAGCUUUUGCACAGUCCAGAGCUUGCUCACUAAUGGAUGCAAUUCUUAUUUUAUUUCAACACCUUGUGUUUUAAAUGGCACUGUAUGAUUUUAAAUGACUGAUAUUUUCAUUCUUGUAACUGUAUGAGUGGUGUGUGUAAACAAUUGUAAUUCACGGAAGUAAAUGGCAAGACUGAUUUCCUCAAAUGGGUGUUUUUUAAUUGUUUUUUAAUUGUUGAUGGCAGCAGAACACUGAUCAGCUGCAUGCGACACAGUUUCUUUUUCUCUUGAACUGCUUCGGUAUUUUCUAGUAUGUUAUUCUUAUGUUAUUCAACUAUAUGUUGUUGGUAAGUUUUGAGCCGUGGCUUUUACACAGAGAUUCGUGUGAUUUUCUUUUUCCAUUGCA